AUGCUGUCUUUUAAGAUUUACUCGGAAUUCACGGAAUCAAACUGCGCCCCUGUAGUUGAAACCAUCGAUCUCUUACCUCACCGUCCGCCAAACCUCCUCUGUUCAAACCCCAGUGGUAGUGGAAUGGCUGACAAACUUCACAAAGCUAUUUGUUCCAUGUCCUUAGACGAUGAUGAUCCGAUCACCCUCCUCGACGAGCCUCGAUACUGUGUUUUUGAUGCGAACGCCAACAGCAUACUUGGUCGUCUACUGAAUCCUGACGCUCAAAACAUGGCCCGUAUGAUUGAGUUCAUGCCUCGUGCGUGGAGACUGUACAACAGAGUACAAGGCAUAGCGUUGUCUCGUGACAGAUUUCAAUUCAUCUUUGAUAGAAAGGAAGAUCUACUGACAGUCUUGAAGGAGCGCCCGCUAACUUAUAACCAUUGGACCAUGCUCGUGGAGCGUUGGGUGGCUGAUCCUCCAAGAGAUUUCUUAACCUCUUUUGAGGUCUGGAUCCGUAUCAGAAAUAUUCCUCUAAACCACUUCACCACAGAUACCAUGUACUUGUGCGCUAAGAAGAUCGGAAGGGUUGUCAAGGUGGCCUAUGAUCCCAAGGUCUCACACACUACAUACUACAUUCGAGCGAAAAUAGUAAUGACAGUUGACAGCCAGGCGUUUGAGGCAAAAAAAACCUAA